UCGCCGUCGUACACAGCGAACUUCCACUGGUCCAACAAUUGGGCCACGGGCACGGUCAAUCCACCCGACGAUUGACCGACCCUGAAUGUCACAAACACAAUGUGACGGACACGAAACCGGGCGCUGUCCCUGGUGGUAGUACUGGUCUCGGAUGGACACUCGACGAGGACAACUACAACCUUGUCAAGUUUGGUCAGAUCAAUGGAGCGUGGCCGAUUGAUUCGCCGCUACCACUACCAAAAUGGUCUCCCAAACUGGUUGAACCAUACGUCAUCGACAAAGUGUGGCAGUAUGAGGAUUUGAUAGGUCUGAUUGAAACGAAACUACAGCGGAUGUUGGAAGAAACUCAUUACAAUACAGCAAACAAUUUUGUGGAUUUUCACAAGGCAUAUCGCGGCACUCACAGUGCCAUCCCGGAUCUUAGAACACAUUUCCAGAACUACUUGAUACCGAUCAACCGUCGGCAUCACAUGUGCGUCAGUUUAGGAAUGGAAAUUGUUUCAAGAUUAGCAGAACAUCACCCUCAAAUAGCCGAACACUUCUAUCUGGUAUCGUGCGAGGAAGCGGUGGAGGAGUACGAAUCGUAUGUCAACCAUUGCGAGGAAAAAAACAUCGAGUUUGCGGGUCCAACAUUGGAGAAGGAGCAUGCAAUGGUGGCCAUGAAAGUCGUGGUCGGAGGGCGAGAAGGUGUGCUAAUACUCGAUCCGGGCUAUCACGUGGCACGCGCUGUUACUGUAAUGAAAGAUCAAAAUUAUCCACAUACCGGCUGGUUCACACAAUCUGAUGAACCACACUGCAAACGAGAGUACUGCUACGAAAUAAGUAAUCACUGUGCGAACUAUAUCACCUGGACAGAACGUAUGACACGCUCCGGCAAGCAGCAGUACGAGAUGUCCGUAAUUUAUAUGGAGCGACCCUAUCGAACGGCGAUUGACGUUACGGUUCGCAGAAAUUUGGUGUACAAUUUCCGUUCGCUACUGUCGCGAGAUGCCAAGGGCCGUGUCUGCGCCGGGUUGUAUUUCCCGGUUAUUCUGAAUUCAGCUGAUGCGCAAGUGACGCUCUUCUACGACGGUGUUAACGAUACACAAGUGAAGCAGAAAUUUAAAUUCUCAUAUUUUAAAGAUUCCCAAAAAAUCCCGGAGAACAUAAUGACUCAUCUAAAAAAUCUGGCACCCCAACUACGCAUCGAACUGAAUGAACUAGCAAGUCUGAUGGGCGAUCUGACGGAAGCUGUGCAGGAUGUUGAUUUUGUAAAGCAAGUGCUGGAUAUCAAUAACAGUAUCAACGAAAUGUCUGCUGACAACUGAAAAAUUUAAAUUUUUGCUUUGUUAAAACACAUCACAAAAUCAAUACACAAACACAACACAGCACGAACACUGAAACAAAUUCUAUAAUACCGCAUAUCAAUGAUUACUUGCUGAUAGCAAACAUACGCAUUAAUUUCCAAUUCAUUCCUGUAUCGGUUGAUGGCUCAACCUGUAUCUUCAUCAUAUAUCUAACCGCAUUAUAUAUGAAUAGGAAUCUAGUACAGUUAAUUGAUAUACCUAUAAAACACUAGAAAAUACUAGACAUCUUGCAUGAUGAAAACAGCAGCUAGAAAUUCCAACACCACACGAGCAACACAAUAUCAAUUCAAACAUCUUAUAGUAUGUAAUCAGUUUCAAUAUCUCGGGAAAAGGGGUCUUUAUGUAAUUUCUUGCUAGAAUUUGUAUAUGUUAAAAUACACACAUACACUGCAACGCUUCGACGUGACAUUGGACAACAUAACAUUGAACUGUAAUUGCUAUGUUUUAUCUAUUUGACUCUGCAGAAUAAAUAUGUAGACGGUGUUUUUAUUUCAAUAAAUAUUUCUAUUUGGAACAGCUUGACAAA